ACAUGUCACCUUUGCCGAGGCUGACGUUUCCGAGCUGCGCACUACUUGGUGUGGUGCUUUUGACGACGCAGCAAUGCGCAAACACGGCGAGGCACCCCAUCUGCCGGAUGUUGGAGGAUGGAGAAGGGCACCGAAGACCGACCCGGCCCUCAGCUCCGCAGCCGUACAGGUGUGAUGGUGACCACGCCGAGGCACUGUGCUCAAAACUCCAUGACGAUUGCUCCAUCCCGACGGUGACCGGUGCUCACCGCACGGAACACGGGGGAGUCACCGGCUGUGGUGACACUGCAUCAGCUGGAACGCUUCGCGAAGUAUUUCCGUCUGGAACUCGACAAGAGGAUGUGCGAUUAUCGGUACCCCCGCAGCAUAUUUGGUGGGCAUGUAAGGGUACACGAAGGUCAUCUGCAGGCGAUGUGGGCGACGUAGGAGACGCUGCAUGGGUUGACUGCGAUGGCUACUACGCUUUCGGUCGCCAAGAGGUCAACCCCACCUGUCGAUCGGAACCAGACGAAAAAGGCAGCGAGUGGUUCGGAUUGCUGUCCGCAAACAAUCCAGAGAAUCCAGAGUUCAUCCAAUCAGGAAGAGUCGAAGGCCUGCCCAACCCCAGAAACCUGGAGCUUUUGGAAGCCGACAGAGGGCAGAGCUUCGAGGAGGUGUCAUCUUCAUCAAGCGGUGGAGUACCAGUAGCUCAGGGGGCUGCCAGCCAAGGCGGUGGAGUAGCCGCGGUGCAAGGGGCUGCCAACCAACUCGUACACGCCCCCGCCGACAGUGAAUGCGACGAGUUGUGGCGCACAUGGCCAGCAAUGCAGGAAAGCGCCAUCGCCAACGGCACGGUUGUGGUCUUCGAUCUGGUGUCACGGGUGGGAAACGCGUUCAUGGACUUGAGAAAUAUCAUUCAGGUGGCCCGUUGGCUUGAGCUGGGCCUAGUUGUAAAUUGGAAGGGUUUCCAGGGGUUUCGAGACGCGUUUGACACGGGCGAACUCAAGUGGGACAUCGACACUGAGCCAUUCCGUCGAAGAGCAAAGGCGAUCAGUCGAGGUGUAAAUCCGUCUGGCUUUCACUUGUUCUGGUUCUACGACGGCUUUAUGGUCCUGUGCGACCACCAGCUCACGAUGUUGGCGUCGAAGAUGGGCAUCGCGAUACAACAUCCAGACGCCAUGGUGCUUCAGCUGAAAAAGGUGUUUCCCGUGAAGAUUCGGUAUUGGAUCAGCGGCCGGUUGCAAAACGGACUGCCUGCUUCCCAACCCUGUACGUGGAACAUGUUCGUGAAACGCAGCGCUUCGAUGAUGAGGAGCUUGGAGGUCUACAACCCUUGGAGAGUGGAAGGCAGCUCAAUGUCCCGGUUCCAAAAAUACGUCGCUUUUCAGAUACGAACGACCGAGGGAGAAACCGCAGGGUCUUUUGACCCGAAAAUCCACACCUACAUCUUCAACAAUUUGCGAUCGACCGUGGUGUGUAAUUGGUACUUCACGGCAACGGAGGAGGCGAAGGGCGUCUGCCCUGCUGCUUUCAAUGCGGACGAGGGCGAUGUUCCGCUCUUCAUCUCUUCCAACAGCAUCGUCCUUCUCCGGCACAGCUGUUCAGAUGAAGGGCAUGAACUGCUUCGAAGCGAAGGUUUCUGUCGAAAUGCCUAUCAGCGGUUUUUAUGUGUGCGUGCCCGCGGGGUGUUGAAUCAAUGUCGUUUUUGCCGUGGACUACACGAGGAAGCGUCGGAUAGGCCCUCGCCAUGAAGAUGGCCUGGUAGCAUUCUCUAGUUGAUGUUUCGGUCGGGGCGUUCGGCUGGGGUCUCUGAUAACUAUUUCCGGUGUACUUUCUCCUAGCGGGCUCGUUGUUCAAGUGAUGCCGCAAACGUGUUGCUCUUCCCGCUUCGGGGGGAUCCACGCGCGUAUAAAUGUAAUUAUUGUAGGACUGGUACCCACUUAUGCAUAGGAAUUUCCUUUUAGAAACUGGGCUCCGUCCCUCCUCGUAGUCGAGACAUUGCCAACAUUUGUUUCUUCUUGUUCGUUGUGGCUUGGUCAUUUGUAUCAUCUACUUCUAAACAACAGUGCGGGUAAAAUCCCUUGUAACAUUAUCAUUUAGUUUUAUGGAGCUUAGAUUUGUUUCGCUCGGUAGGAUGGUAAGUGUCCCGGCUGGACACUUUUGGAGAGAUAGGUCCCCUUCCGUGUGAGAAAUUUCGUGUGUACAAUAUCUGGUUUGAAUUAUCAAACGGGCGUGACCGUGGCCUGCGCUGCUAGACAUGGCGUCGAGGGCGUUUGUUUCUGGAAUACGUUGGUCAGGCGUUUUAUCUGCCGUGUUGAAGGCUCGUGUUGUUACAGAGCGACCCCAGACAGGUUUUUCCUGAAAACCCUAGCGGUGAAUAGACUAACCGUGGUUGGGUGGUGCAAGGGUAUUGCAAUUUACAAUGUGAGGCGACAGUCGGAAUGUUCUACAUUCGACCUGAUAUGGAGCCCAGCCGCGUUGGUAUUCAGAGAGUGAGAAGUAAAGGUGUUGGGCUUAAGACUGCACAGAUUUGUAUGCUUUCUUCUAUUUUUUGGUUCAAGUUUACUGGGUGUACUAUUUUCUUUUAGGUUUGUUUGGUUUACCGAGUCAAAGCACGUCAGGCGUGUGAGCUGUUGAGCUUGGCAAACGUCACAAGUGGCAGCUGGCUGCAAGCUGUGGGCUGGUCCUGCUGCCUGCUUUUAUUUUCAUCUUUCAUCACCCCUGGAUGACACUGGUGUGCUCUCAUGAGCCCACUCCGGAGGGAUCCCUUGUACCAAAGUGUGAAUGACUCGCUGGGUCUGUUUUCAGAAUAGUGAACCCGUGGCGUUUAGGUACACACGUCAUGGUACGUAAAAUUUAUGUAGCAAUCUUC